CGAUGAUAACUAGCACUCGGUAAACAAGUUCUUUAAAGCAACAAGUUUUCAUUUUCGAAUCAGUUUCUUUACGACUUUGCUUUGAAUUAUUGUGAAUAUAUUUUAAUGUUAUGCCAAAAUGAUGUCUCAGGCGACAAUCAUAUCAAAGAAUCAAAGUUCUGCUAAUUUGCCAACUUUAAUGCCAGGGGGCAACUACAUAAAACCAGCCAAGGAUUCAGCAAAAAGUACUUGCCUAAUUUUUGCUCCACCUGCCGAAAAAGUCGGCGUUCUUGCUCAGUAUCUGGGAAUCUUUGAAAAACAUGGAGUUAAUUUAUUGCAUAUUGAAUCCAGACCAUCAACGAAAAUCCUUAGUAAUUAUGAGUUUAUGGUAGAAUGUGCCCCAAGCGGAAAUAUUGGGGGAGCAAUUGAAGAUGUUAAAAAAAUUAGCGAUUAUUUGAAUGUUAUUUCCAGAGACUAUAAGGAUAAUAAAGAUUCUGUACCUUGGUUUCCUCGCCGCAUAAGAGACCUUGAUCGGUUUGCCAAUCAGAUUCUUUCAUACGGAGCUGAACUGGAUUCCGACCAUCCUGGUUUUACAGACCCUGAAUACAGAAAACGUAGAAAAUACUUCGCUGAUAUUGCCUACAAUUAUAGACACGGCGAAAAACUACCGCACGUUGAUUACACCGAAGAGGAAAUUGAAACUUGGGGAAAAGUUUUCAGGCAACUUAGUAAUUUGUAUCCAACCCAUGCAUGCAAGGAACAUAACCACGUAUUUCCUUUAUUAAUUGAAAAUUGUGGGUAUAGGGAAGACAACAUUCCACAAUUGGAGGAUAUAUCAAAUUUUUUAAAAGAUUGUACUGGAUUUAGCUUAAGACCCGUAGCAGGAUUAUUAUCUUCAAGAGAUUUCCUGGCAGGUCUUGCUUUUAGAGUUUUUCAUUCCACCCAAUAUAUUCGACAUCCCAGUAAGCCUUUUUAUACGCCAGAACCAGAUGUAUGUCAUGAACUUUUAGGACACGUUCCAUUAUUUGCAGAUCCGGAAUUUGCAAGGUUUUCGCAAGAAAUCGGUCUUGCCUCAUUGGGAGCUCCUGAUGAUUUUAUAGAAAAAUUGGCUACUUGUUUUUGGUUUACUGUUGAGUAUGGUGUAUGUCAGGAAAAUGGAGCUGUAAAAGCUUAUGGUGCUGGUCUUUUAUCUUCUUAUGGAGAAUUGCAAUACGCUUUAAGUGAUAAACCAGAAAUUAGACCUUUUGACCCACCAAAGACUGCUUUGCAAAAAUAUCCAAUAACUGAAUAUCAACCCCUUUAUUAUUUGGCCGAAAGUUUUGAGGAUGCCAAAGAAAGAAUGAUAAAAUUUUCUUCCACUAUUCCAAGAACUUUUGGAGUGAGAUACAAUGCUUAUACUCAAAGUAUUGAUGUUUUGGAUUCCAAACCACAAAUACAAAGCUUGGUAAACAACAUUGCUUCCGAAAUAUCCAUAUUGAUGGAUUCUUUAAAAAAAAUGUAAAAACAAUAUUUUAUCUACAUACUUAUACUUAUACUUAGGAAUACUUUUUAAUAAUAAAUAGAAUUGGUUAAAUAAAUCUAUUAUUAAACAUUAAUUUAUUUGUUCUUUAUAUAAAACGACUUAUAUUUUUCUUAUGCAGGUAUUUAAGAAAUGCUCAAGUCUUUGGGUAAAAGGCAUAAGGAAAUAAUUCAAAAAAAGC